CCUCAUCCAUUCAUUACAGAACCCUGUAUCCCCAUUCAUAAUUUUCUUUGGUGUCAGUGAGGAGCCCGGACGCUGCUCCGUACCCAGUUGACCAUUUGGUCGGACAGUCCCCAGGAGAAGAUCCUGUGACCCUUAGUUUGAUUGUGUGCUCGCCUUGUUGUGCUAACCGACCGUGCACCGGAUCCGAAAUCCUACGGAACACCUACAGCAAAAAGAGUUGAUUUUUUUUCUUUUUUUGUUUUGUUUUAAUUUAUACACUCGAGUGAUAGUGAGAAGUAGUGUAAUGCAGCAAGUUCCUGACUUGGAAGAAUCGCCAGCCUGGACAACGGAUUCGUCCGACAAAUCCACAAUGAAGAAGAACAAAGUUCUAUUUUGUCUAGAGGAGAUGAACAUAAAACAGGAGCAAAUAGAUGAAAGUUUCGGACCGAUGCAGAAGGUGCCGUCUCUGAGUGACCUUUCGGACACAGAGAGCUCGUUAGAAAUGCCGACACAAGUACCUCCACUCACCCCUGGGACCAACAAGAAAAUGACUGAAGCCUUAAAAGCCUCUUUUGCCUCUUGGGAGAAAGAACAGAUAAAACUGAACAUUUUGAAAGAUCCGAGGCAGUGGAACGAGACACAGGUCGCCCAUUGGCUUGCGUGGGCGAUUCGCGAAUUCUCGCUGGAAGGCGUAAAGAUGCAACAGUUUUGCAUGAGAGGAAAGGACAUUUGCGCGAUGGGGAAAGAAGCCUUCCUGUCCAGAGCGCCUCCUUACAUGGGCGACAUCCUAUGGGAACAUCUGGAAAUACUGCAAAAAGAAGUGGAGAAGGAAAGGAACUGUGUCGAACCGGGUGGAUCGCUAUACGAUUCGCUAUACACCACUGAUCUCAGUCAUCUCCUCUCGGUCAGCAAAGCUCAGACAUCCACAUACCACCAUCCAGGUGGUUACAACCAGCUGAGGAGUCCGCUGUGUCCCGAGGGAACCAAGGAUGGCAGCCCACCGCCCACCUCGCAAGCCCCUCCGGCCUUUUUGCAGCUUAGGACCCAACCACCCAUCUACCAUAUAAAACAAAACGGUUACAGCCAACUGGGUGAGGGCUCAGGAGGGGGCGACGAAGGAGGAGGAUACCCUCCGACGGCACCUACGCCUCACGACACCUCCGAAUACCAGACCCUGGACACGACGCAUCAACCGCCACCCUACCUCGAAUCAAGCUCUCCGGAAUUCUAUUCGCCGACCGCCACGCACCAAGUGCUUGAACAUAAAUUUCAACCGCAGUACCCAAAGAGUUAUAUCAGAGGAAGAUAUCCUCAGCAUGAUGGCUACAAUGAGUCAUACUCUUCGUAUGAGACUACUCAGUUCCAGACAGUACCUAGCUCAGCCGGUGGCGGAGGGUCUGGUUCGGAUUGGGCAGGAGAUAUUGGAUCCCAAUUGCCACACCCGGCAUUUUUGUCUCAUCACCCCUCGACAAACCCCGACUCCAAAGCUUUUCUUCAACCAGCAAUACAUCCAGGAUAUUCAGGUGUUGGACCGUGCUUCACUGGCUCAGGGCCAAUUCAACUGUGGCAGUUCUUGUUGGAAUUGCUAACAGAUAAGUCUUGCCAAAGCUUCAUCUCUUGGACAGGGGACGGGUGGGAAUUCAAGCUUACCGACCCUGACGAAGUUGCUCGACGAUGGGGUGUCAGGAAAAACAAGCCAAAAAUGAAUUACGAAAAGCUCAGUAGAGGCCUACGUUACUAUUACGACAAAAAUAUCAUUCACAAAACUGCAGGCAAGAGAUACGUCUACCGCUUUGUUUGUGAUCUCCAAAAUCUUCUUGGGUAUAGCCCAGAAGAGAUGCAUGCAAUAGUAGAAUUAAAACCUGAGAAGAAAGAAGAUGAUUAAACCUGAAAUGAGAAAAGUCAAGUCUACAUCUCAACUUAACGAUGAAGCACUAUUUAAUUAGUGAUUUAAUCGUUGCAAAGUCUUAAAAUUGUAGGUCUGUUUUGUAAAAACUGUAUUUUUAAACUUGUAUGUUGUUUCCAUCAGAAAUAUUGCUACUAUAUAUGAAUAAACUUUUGUAUUAAAAAGGAAUUUAAUUUAUGGAGUAUUUGACUUCAGGGCUGUAAAUAUACUGUAUAUCCCAGGUCAAACUGUAUUUUUGAUAGUUAAUUGUUAAUCUGUAAGUGAUCAAAGUGAUACCAAACCAAUAUAAGUAUUUGUAUAUACUUAUACAUACAUACAU